UUGUGGUGCACGCCAGAAGUUAGAACGGAAAAAACCGCUGAAAAGCCAAUCAUCCGUUGAUCGUGGCUCGAGUUUUUCCAAAUCGCAUGUCGUCACGUCAACCAGUGUCACCCGUAACUUCCUUCCGAAAACAGUCUGCGACGAGAAGAAAGGCAGAGAAGCUAAAUUGAGACUCCCUUGGCAAAAAGUGAAAGAAAUUCAAACAGUGCGAUGGUGAAGCCACACCAGAGAUUGUGAGUGAGGAAAAAAGCUAAUUGUCGUCACAAUUGAGUCAACAGUGAGCUCUUUUCAUGAAAGAUGAUGAUUGAUCAUCUCCUCAAAACCUAAAAUAAAAUCCCGCUCGUUCAGCAAUGAAAACAAAUAUGGCUCUAGCAAAGCGAAAUGUUGCAUUGAAAGAGGAAUAUCAUGAGCCGUCGGUGAAAAAUGAAAUUGAUUGUCCUGACAAUGGUAAACGCAAGAAGCGUCCGAGUCGUGAAGAAGAGGAGCGUCAAUCAUUUGCUCAGAAGAAGAGGGCAUUAGGAAUAUCACAGCAAGUGCCCCUGCGUGGGCUGCAGAAGCAAAAUUCUGAAGAUCAGGACGAUGAGACGCUCAUACGGGAGACCCAGGCCGCCCUCAAGAGUCUCUCGGGUAGUUGGCCAGAUUCACAGAGAAAUCCCUAUCGCAUGAAUGAUCAGGACGAGAAUCCCCCGACAUUCCAAAAUCUCUUUGAGGAGAACCACCAAGAUCAUAAACUGUCCCCCGUGGCGCAACUCCCGUCCGUCAAUCACGACGGCGGCAACCUCAAGGACGUCAUCACGCUGAGGGACAAGAAGGGUGACCAGAUGCAGGCUCCGCGGCGUCGGAUGGUCAGGGACGAGGCUGGGGAUGGCAAGACGCGUGACAAGUACUACCCCUCGCCGGACUUCAAUGAGCUCGUGGAUGAUUCGUCUAAUGACCUGGAGAUUGACAUGUCAGAGAGCGAGAAGGACGAUCAGCGACAGUGCAAAGUACGCAAUUCGUAUUCUGGCAAGUCCGGACCCUUCCCGGCCGAAGCCACCUUUGUUGGCUACCCCGAGGAGCCACAGCUCCAUCCUGAACACAUGCCGACGUUCAUCGAUGAGAAGAUCAAGAAGGAAGAGGACACUGUGAAGUCCGUCGGAUCUCCGGACUCGAAGCAGUACACGAUUCUGCAGCCGGCAGGAGUGGGAUCGAGAGCGGCUUCGGUCAUGCAGGAUAUCGCGAGGGAAGGAGUGGUGUCCGUCGCGGCAGUUAGCAGUACCAGCAGUCCAGGAUUGGUGGGAGUAUCUCCGAAUGCACCCGUGCCGGCUGUGGGGACUGAAAGGGCAGGGCCACCGUCCUUUUCGCCGGGAAGUAUGAACAGAGAGGGAAGCAAGUGUCCAACACCUGGAUGUAAUGGACAGGGUCAUGUUACAGGCCUGUACUCGCAUCACAGAAGCCUGUCUGGAUGCCCCAGAAAGGAUAAAGUUACCCCAGAAAUAUUGGCGAUGCAUGAAACAAUUCUAAAAUGUCCAACACCCGGCUGUAAUGGUAGAGGGCAUGUAAGCUCGAAUCGGAAUAGUCAUAGAAGUCUCUCCGGUUGUCCAACGGCGGCAGCUAAUAAGGCAGCUGCUCGAGAGCAAAAGUACCAAAAUGGUUUCACUUAUCGCCAAAAGUCAGCACUUGCGGCAGUGAUGAACUGUCAUCAGAUGACUGAUUAUCGGCCGCUCUUAGCAACAGCUGAAAUUGAUCCGAAGAAUCCAUACAACAUCAACUUCGCAUCCAACCCAACAGUGAAUCGGGUUCCAACUGGUGAAUCAUACUUUGCGCCACAGCCAACAAAUCAAACACAGAACUCAUCAUUCGACCAGAAAUCCUCAGUUGAGCAACACAAUCACACAAUCGAGCAGAGCAAGAUCACAAAACAAUCCCAAAAACUUCCAGAGACAAAGAAUACUCCAGUUUCCGCCAGCGUCAGUGUUAAUAACAACAACAACAGCGCAAAGUGUAACAAUAAUAACACAAGCGCAAGCAUCAACAAGUCAAUCGUAAAGUCGGAAUUGCCACCUAUCAAGUCCGAGCACUCGAUAACGUGCAAGAGUCCAAAUCCUCAAACUCAACCGACAUUGCAGCAGCCAAAGCCAUACGAUUCCUACAUGAAUCACGACUCUAGCUCCAGCUCAAUGGCGUCUGGGGACAGCGGGAGUCUGAACAAGUGUCCACCCAUCUCCAACCAGCCCCUGAGUGGACUUCAGCAUGCCCAGAACAUGAAUGGGUAUUUGGAGAUGCAUCAGCAUUCGCAGUUGCAGAACGCACAGAACUUACCGCAGAGGCCGUUCGAUAUGAUGUCAGUGCCACCGCCAAUGUCCAUUGACGACCCCUAUCUUCGCGAGCAGCAGAUUCGGUACUCUCAAAUGAACGAUCUAAGCGGGCUGGCCAGACCUGCAGUCUCGUACGGUGACAUCGGCGGGAAUCGAGCGGUUCCCACCGGAUAUGAAUUGUCCGUGAACUCCGCCAGUCAUCGGCCGUAUGACCCUGGCGUAGGACCCAUCACCACUGCUUUCGAGCGGUACGAUCCCAACUGUCCGCCACAGCGAACCAACAUGUAUCCCUACAUUCAGCCCAGCAUGGAAGACAUCAACCAGCAGCAGAAGUAUCUGCAGGAGCAGCACAUGGCGCACGCCAUGAUGAAGCAGGACGUGGACGAGAAUUCGGCGCCAAUCUAUCCGCGGCCCAUGUACCACUACGACCCCUCGACAGGCACCCUGCCGCCGGGCUUCAGUGCCAUCAACCUGUCAGUGAAGAUCGGGGCUCCGCAUCCGCUGCCGCAGAAGGGCGGCGGAUCGCCGUCUCCGAAUGGUCCCGUGAUUGACCUCUCGACGUCUAGUGUCACCUCAUCCAGUCCGCACGGGUUCAACUCACCCCAUUACGGGGGGCAGCGCAUGCAGACGGGCAGCCCCCAGCCUGGUGCCAGUCCACACCACCUGGCGAGUCCCCAAGUGCCAAGUCCUCAAGGGCAAACCCUUGACUUGAGUGUCAACAGAUUGCCUCACAGCGGUGACACGAGUCCUCAGUACUCAGCUCAUCCGGACGGGAUGGGUCAUCCGCAGAGCUUCGGCGGCACCCCGCGCUCACCCCAGACGGAACCCGUGGACUUCAGUGGUCCGCCCCGACCCGUGGGCUUCGGCCUGGUGUACAGUCGAGAGUCCACACCAGACAGUGGGGCCUCCCACUACAUGGAGAGCUACCGAGAUCCGAGUGGCUACAGCCCUCAUCCCGGAGGCUAUGGCAUGGUGGUGCAGCCAGAGUAUCCGCCCACAGGCUACCCUAGCUACGCGCCCAGCGCCUACCAAUGCAGCGGUCCGUACGGCAGCGCCGUGGGUCCUGCCGGAUAUCCAACGCCAGUGUCAGCCGGCUAUUCCCCCAGUGCGACUUCCUGCUACGCGAUGCCACCGCCACAGCAUAUUCCGCAGCACGAUAAGCCUCUCUCGAAGGACAGCCUGACUGGGUGUCCGCGGCCAGAUCGGACGCAAAUCCAGUCCCACUCGCAGGAGCUCAAGUGUCCGACGCCAGGAUGCGAUGGUUCUGGCCAUGUCACUGGCAAUUAUUCAUCUCACCGAAGUCUGUCCGGAUGUCCGAGAGCCAACAAGCCGAAAAGCAAACCAAGAGACGGACAAGAUUCAGAACCACUCAGAUGUCCUAUUCCGGGUUGCGACGGUUCCGGCCACUCCACGGGCAAAUUUUUAUCGCACAGAAGUGCUUCGGGUUGCCCAAUCGCCAACCGCAAUAAAAUGCGCGUGUUGGAGAACGGGGGCACUGUGGAGCAGCACAAGGCCGCUGUGGCUGCAGCGACGGCAAUGAAGUUCGACGGGGUGAAUUGCCCGACCCCCGGCUGCGAUGGCACGGGACACAUCAAUGGUACCUUUCUCACACACCGCUCCCUGUCCGGGUGUCCGACCGCCGCCCAGGGCAUCAAGAAGCCCAAGUACCCAGACGACGUCACCAUGGUGUACCCCAAAGGAUACACGGGCAUGGAAAUGAUGAUGAACAGCAAUGCAAACGGCGAAGAUCUUAUGACCCUCGAGGCGGAAAUCACUGAGCUCCAACGCGAAAAUGCUCGAGUGGAGUCCCAAAUGCUUAGACUCAAAUCCGACAUCAACGCCAUGGAGUCACACUUGAAUCACGGCGAUAGGGAGACUCAAAUAAUCUCGCAGAGGAACAGCAACUUGAACGAAUACUAUGAGAGUCUGAGGAACAAUGUGAUUACGCUGCUGGAGCACGUGAGGAUACCGAAUGGUGGGCCGCCUGAGAAAGUGGGUCAUGAGAACUUCGACAGCUACCUGUCCAAAUUGCAGUCACUCUGCACACCUGAAGGCUACUGCCCGGACGAGAAUCGCCCCAUUUACGAGACCGUCAAGUCCGCUCUCCAGGACUUCACUGUGCUGCCGACGCCUAUUUGAGAGGAGCACUGACGGGACGAUUGAUGUUUUCAUGCAGAAACAUGAAUUCACGUGUCAGACAUUUAAGACUAAAUGAAUAAUUACAGGAACUAUUUAUACCUAAUUAAUCUCAUUUGUAGGCUAAGGCAACACCUAGAUAUUAACUGUCAAUUGUAGAAUUUGAUUUUAUAUUCCGUAGAAAGUCUAUCUAAAGUGGCUGAGAAGAGCACAGAGGAGAGAAUAGCUAUUAAUCUUCUAUUUUACCUAAAGAAAAAUCGAUGUAGAUAAAGUGUGAUUUGUCUCUUCAUUUGAUAAUAGGAGACAAAUCAGCUCAACUUGCUAUGUGUACAUAAUUUUUACUACGUGUAAGUUUAUUCAGAAUUGCAAGUGAGAUAUUUCAUGUAAUCUAAGGACAUUGAAUGUAAAAGAUAGAGUAUUAACUAUGUGUCUAGUAUGAAGUAUUGACGGUGAAUAGAGAGAAGGAGAGUCGCUCCCUAUUUGAUUACUAUAAUAAUAACCACACCAUUCUUUAAUAAUCUUAUCUUUUAUGGUGCUUCGGAGGCAAAGGAAGUGGAGUAAACCAAAGUGAGAUUUGUUUUGUAUUUUCACUUAUUGAUUGAAUAUUUUGUCAUCUGUGUAAAUAAGAUAUCGAUAGAAUCUCAGUUGCUAAAAGGACAUCCUGUAAAUACAAAGUACGAUGAAAGGAGGAGCAUUUCAAAACACAAGAAAAAAAAAGUGUCACUAGAGUAUCAGCAAAAUGGAAAUAUGAGAAACAUCCAAACUUAGAGAUUUGUAAGUGAAUAAAAACAUAGCUUGGAAAAUACAUCAUGUAAACUCUAACACAGUAAAUGUUUAAACCUGCAUUAUGUGGAUGACAUAUCAGUUUCUGUUUGUCAAUGUUAAUCCCCACUAUUUUCCAUCCUUCACCAAUGCAAUCCAUCAUGUUUCCUCUGUAUGAAUUAAUAGUGUGGAAAAGUGUACACUUCGCAGCACAAGUGUUCGAAUGCAAGAAAACCCCAGGCAAAAACCUCUCAUUAGCCACUUCACCCACAAUCCCGCGAGAGCCAAUGUGUAUAAGGAGAGAUCUUGGGCAAGAUGUAUAUUAUUUUGUACGGAAAUGUGUUUAGAAGUAUAAACUCUCGUAUAUUGUCAUUCUCAUUAAGGGUUUCUGUUCACACCUUAAGAUACUUGUUACAUUUUUGUGAAUAGUAAGCUAUAUAAGAUACCACUAUAC